AUGGCUAGGACCAAGGUCUCUCAAACUCGCUCCAGCACGUCGCGGGGUGGUAUUCGCAAACGCACUGCUACACGAGCCGAUCGGGACGGAGACUUAGACAUGGCUGGACCUGACAGAGGCCGUGGAGGGAAACGAGGCCGCGGACGCGGUGGCCAGCCUCAACCGCGUGAUGGGCUUAGGUCAAACCUCAACCAAGAUCGCAUCAAGAAAGCCAUGGAGGGAGGUGGUGCGAGUACUCAGGCAACUUUCCGACAAAGUGGCAACAAACCCCCACUGGAAGAGAUCAGCAUUACCGGAUGGAAAUUGAGCAAGGCCGCAACGAAUGCAGACGGAGGUGUCAGAAGCACCGUUGACUGGCUCGAGAAAAAACUUACUUCCAACAAGCCCGGACGCAAAAACAUUAUCAAGCACCGCGUUGAAGGGGACGCAAUUAUAGUAUCUGUUCGCCCGGAGGUUUUGGACAGGAUGCUCCAUUUCAACAACUUCACAUUUGCUGGAGCGUUACUCACGGUUGAGAAAUACGAAAACGGGUCCUCAGUCUCUACAGAGGAUAUGAAGGGGAGGCUCAAGGCUUUCUUGGCCAAUCGGUUCAUUGCAAGCGGCAAGAUUCUUAAUCUGCAGGGUUUAUCUGCCGAUCCUAUUCUUAGGGAAAUAGGACUGUUUCACAGCCCUACUACUGAGUCCAAAUUUUAUCAAGCUUUGAUGAAAGUCUGGAGUUUGGAAUUCCCGACACAACUAGCAAGCCAAGAAGCAGUCGUCAAUCUCAGUCUUGCGAACAACGCGCUUUCUAGUAUUCAACCUAUCACCGUUCUUUCCCAGAAUUUUCCAAACCUCAAGGCUCUCGACCUCUCCAACAAUAACUUCCAGGAUGACAAGGGUCUUGGUGGAUGGCGAUGGAAAUUCCGUCAGUUGGAGUUUUUGGAUCUCAGCAACAACCCGAUCAGUUUCACUCCAAAUUUCAAGGAGACCAUGAUGAAAUGGUAUCCUAAACUGAAGACUCUCAACCAUGUCCAGGUUCGCACCGACGAAGAAGUGGCUGCUCAAAGCCGAGCCCCUAUCCCGGUCCAAGCACCUUUCUUUCAAGACGAAGGAAGUAUUGCCGAGAACUUUAUCCGAAAAUUCUUCCUUGGAUUUGAUGGAGAUCGAAAUGCCACCAUCAACGCCUAUUAUGACAACAGCUCAGCAUUCUCAUACAACGUCAAUCCUGCCGCGCCGCGGGCUGCUCAAGACAGCACAGCAACAUCGGGAUGGGAAAACUGGAUAAAAAACAGCCGCAAUUUGAAAAAGAUCAACCAUCUUGGGCCUAGGAUGAGCCGUAUGUUUGUCGGCUCUGAGAGCAUCCGCGAAAUUUGGAACAUCAUGCCGAAAACUCAACACCCUGGCAUUGACCAAGCAACCCAAUGGCUCUUCGAAUGCCAUUUGAUACCUUGCCUUCCGGACGUUACUGGACAGAGUACAUCUGGUGUUGGGGGCUUACUUGUCAUGAUUCACGGGCAAUUCGACGAACUGGCGGGCACAAAGGUGGAAACUCGCAGCUUUGACCGAACUUUUAUACUCGGCCCAAGCACUGGUCCUGAAAAUGUCCGAGUGAUCAGCGACAUGCUCACUCUCAGAACUUACGGUGGAUCCAGUGCAUGGGAUGCUGGAGUUCAAAUGGCCCCUUCACCCGCAGCUGCCGCUCAGCCUGUCCAUCCAGAAGCACCGCAGGGUUAUGGUGCUCCAGCACCGGGAAAGUCAGACAUUCAAGUUCAGCAAGAACAGCUUAUUUUGCAGCUGAGCUUUAAUACCAAAUUGAAACUGGAAUUUGCACAGCAAGCAUUGCUGCAGCAUAAUUGGAAUAUUGAGGGGGCAUUGAAGGCCUUUGAAGAAUCCAAGGCCAACAACCAGAUCCCAGCCGAGGCGUGGGUUGUUGUUUAA